AUGGGAAAGGAGCGUCCCGGCAGGUUACAUUGUUAUGGGAGCGCCGUAACUAAAACUUCCUUAAAGCGAAUGGUUGAGAUUAAUGCUUUGAAACAGACACAUAGUCAAGAGUCAAUAGAACAUUUGCUAGGAUUAUCUCAUGGAGAUGCUAAUAGUUCCCCAAAGGAUAGUAGAGCACAAAUGCAUUCCUCUACAUCAAUUCAUACUCCAUGUCCUGAAGAGCAAGGUAUCAAUGAAGAUGUUGUACAAGAUGACAUAGAUGAGGUAUUUCAAGAGGAAGACGUAGAUGAUGAACUUCUUGAGGACAACAUAGAUGAUGAAUUUCAAGAGGAUGAUGUAGAUGAUGAAUUUCAAGAGGAUGAUGAAUUUCAAGAGGAUGGCCUAGAUGAUGAAAUUCAAGAGGAUGCCAUCGGUGAUGAAUUUGAAGUGGACGAUUUAGAUGAUGAAUUACAAGAUAAACUUGAAUGA